AUGACUACCACGCCUCUGCCCGGUCAUCCCAAUGGAAGCUUGGCCAACACCCGAGGAGCCAUCCCUCUCAAUGAAGCGUUUGAGCGUCUCCGCUGGUCGGUCUUCGAGGACAUCUCCAACAUCCUCGUUCUCGAUGAACCAAGAACCCAAAAGCCCGACCUACUGCCCUUCGAAGGCCACCCGAUUGCGUCAGAACCAGCUUCCGAAAUCCCUCUCACCAAGAUAGCCUUCAGCAUCUACGAGCUCAAUGAGUUCGCAGCUCUUGAAACAGGCUUCAACGAUGACGAGUUCGACGAGCCUGGGUUUGAGGAAAACCGUCGCUAUCAGCGACCAGAACCCUUAGUUGUUACCAGAGGAGAUGGCGGUACUGUCACAGUUGCAGACGUCGUCCAGCAACUAUCAGGGUACUUUGCAACUCACAAGGAAGACAUCCUAAUGGCAAAAGCCUAUACGAAUGGAAGCACGAGCGACCACGGAGCGGGCGACGAGAAAGCUGUCACUACUACCCUGGGCGAAGACCGGGGUACAUCUCCCGUCACCAAAGUUUUCUUCGAAGGAUUCUUUGGUAUCAUAGAGCCCACCAUGGAGUCGCUUCCCGUCAUACUGUGGACCGAAGGGGAUGGCUCGUUUCCAUUAGAUUACAGACUGUGA